AUGCCACGACGACGGCAGGGCGCGGCUGCGUUAGAGGAAGGGCGGGCCGCGUCGGCGGCAGGGCGCGGCCGCGUCGGCAGCAGGGCGCCGCCGCGUCAGAGGCAAGGCAAGGCCGCGUGGGCAGCCGGGUGCGGCCGCGUCAGAGGCAGGGCGGGGUCGCGUCGACGGCAGGGCGCAGCCGCGUCAGAGGCAGGGCAUGCCGCGUCGGCGGCAGGGGGCGGCCGCGUCAGUAGCAAGAGCGCGGCCGCGUCAGAGGCAGGGUGGGGCCGCAUUGGCAGCAGGGUGCGGCCGCGUAAGAGGCAGGGCAAGGCUGCGACGACGGCAGGGCGCGGCCGCGUUAGAGGCAAGGCAAGCCGCGUCGGCGGCAGGGUGCGGCCGCGUCGGCAGCAGGGCGCGACCGCGUCAGAGGCAGGGCGGGGCCGCGUCGACAGCGGGGCGCGGCCGUGUCAGAGGCAGGGCGGGCCGCAUCAGCGGCAGGGCGCGGCCGCUUCAGAGGUAGGGCGGGCCGCGUCAGCGGCAGGGUGCGGCCGCGUCGGCAGCAGGGUGCGGCAGCGUCAGAGGCAGGGCGGGGUCGCGUCGACGGCAGGGCGCGACCGCGUCAGAGGCAAGGCCGGCCGCGUUGGCGGCAGGGCGGGGCUGCGUCGGCGGCAGGGCACGGCUGCGUCAGAGGCAGGGCAGGCUGCGUCGGCGACAGGGCGCGGCCGCGUCAGAGGCAGGGCGGGGCCGCGUCCGCAGCAGGGUGCAUCCGCGUCAGAGGCAGGGCAAGGCCGCGACGACCGCAAGGCGCGGCCGAGUCAGAGGCAGGGCGGGCCGCGUUGGCGGCAGGGCGCGGCCGCGUUGGCAGCAGGGCGCGGCCGCGUCAGAGGCAGGGCGUGGCCGGGUCGGUGGCAGGGCACGGCUGCGUCAGAGGCAGGGCAGGCCACGUCGACAGCAGGGCGCGGCCGCGUCACAGGCGGGGUGGGGCUGCGUCGGCAGCAGGGUGCGGCCGCGUGUGAGGCAGGGCAAGGCCGCGAGGACGGCAGGGCGCGGUUGCGUCAGAGGCGGGGCGGGCCGCGUCGGCGGCAGGGCGCGGCCGCGUCUGCAGCAGGGCGCGGCCGCAUCAGAGGCAGGGCAGGGCCGCGUGGGCAGCAGGGUGCGGCCGCGUUAGAGGCAGGGCGGGGUCGUGUCGACAGCAGGGCGCAGCCGCGUCAGAGGCAGGGCGGGCCGCGUCGUUGGCAGGGCACGGCCGCGUCGGCAGCAGGGUGCAGCCGCGUCAGAGGCAGAGCGAGGCGGCCUCGAUGA